GGGCCGUGCCCGCCGCGAGCAGAGACCGCCCCCGCCGCCCGUGCGGCCACGCCUCCUAGACGGCUGGCUCUGCCGCCACCCACGGCCCCAGCAGCACGUGUCUCCAGUCGCGCCUCGGGCAGCCGCAGCUGACGCCGCCUCGUAGACUUUCCGGAAUCAUGACGAGACGCCGCGCCCACGUGUACCGCUGUCGGUGGACGCUCCUGGCUUUCUUCCUACUUCAAACUAAAGGCAGCUACGGGCGCGGGGUGUUCUCGCCGCGCGUCGACUACGACGAGUGGACGCCGCUGGGCCGCGGGGACCCCCUGAAGAACGACCCGACGUACGACUACGUGCCGCCCGUGCUGGACAGGGUGCACUACUGGCUGGAGCCCGCCUCCAGGACGCCGGACCCGCCGCUCGCCACCACGCCGCAGCCAGAGGUGCCGGUGUUGCGACCUCGCCAGCCCACGCCGCUGCCGCCGCCCGUCGCCACCACUGCCGAUGCGGCUCCACCGACCGCCCCGCAGUCGUCACAGGCUCAGCUGGAAUCCCGGCGCGACGUCUUUGACCAGUUCCUCAAGAUCGUAGACGCGUCCAAGUUCGGCUCUAACCACCACUACUCUUCGCUGCCGGCCUCGUACUACCCGUCGCCCUUCUACCACAAGCCGUCGGCGCCGCCGAUGCGGCCGCCGUACACCAUGCUGAUGCCGCCGCCCCCGCCGCCCCCGACGGCCUCGGCGCUGGCGCGGCCGACGCAGGGCCAGACGUCGGUGUCGCUGCAGCACGCCAACCUCGUGUACCACGCGUCGACGACGCAGCCGCUGCAGCAGGCGCUCGACUGGAAGGAGGGCAAGACGCAGCUGGCCACGGUCGCCGCGGCGCCGCCCACCGCCGCCGCCCCCACGCGGCCCCCCGCCGCCCACGACGCCGUGGAUCUCUCCUCGCUGCUGCAGAGCCUGCUGCGCGACGAGGCGACGCCGGUCACCGCCGUCGCUCCCCAGUCCGACGCCUUCACCGUAACGACGCCACCUGCCACUCCCACCACGACCGUCACCACGUGUGCCACCCCCGUGGCUACGACCGUGGCCUCCUUGACCACUGACCCUCUGUUUUCCCAUUACAAGCAACCGGCGGAACCACUCCGGGGGCCCAUGUACCUCAUAAUCCAGGGCCACUCCAAAGUGAAGACGUACGGCGCCGCCAAUAAGCACCAGCACAGCUACCACGGAAUUCCAAUCCAGAACUCCAACGACAUCCAGCAGGAGCAGGACAUGGAGACUGACAGAUCUGGCCGUGCAGUCGAUGACGAGGUCUACAGUGUGGCAUCUUCUUACGAGUCAAACACCAUCGGAACGGGGCAGGAUGAUACACUCAGAAGAACGCCGCGGUCGUCCACAGAAUACGUCAACGAUGUCUUCGAUGACACUGGGCCAUCUAAGCCAGCGAGAGCUCGUCGCAAGAAGCGAACUGCUGAUGAUAUCAGCGACGAACUUAAGCCUCCAUCCGCAACCAAUUCGGGCCAAGACGAUGUGCCUCGAGUCGCAACACAGCCCAAAGUUCUGCAGCAAAGUGGUAAAGCAAAUCCCAAGAAAGUCACCAGCAUAACAUCUAGAGCUGAUAUCUACCGGAAGCGGAGACUGAAAGGCAUGAAGACAUUUAGGCGGGUGCACAGCGCAGUAGAGGCUACCACUCGCGAAAUCGAAGCAAUCUUGAAACAAAAUCGUCAAAUGUCGAAGCAGCUCCAAAAUUUACCAGGUUACCAAUGGCGUUCAUCUGGAUUAAAAGCAGCCGCUGCUCCUGAAAAUGUGAUGGCAGAGGCGACUGUCAAAGAAAUUGAGGCCAUAUUGCGAGAAAAUCGUGAGAUGUCACGGCAGUUUGGUACAUUACCUGGAUAUGCAACACAGUCAGGAACAACAUCACUCAUAGAAAUUCCGUUACGUCGUUCUGGGACCAUAUCGUCGAAAGAGAAACCCCAGACAGAAACAAUAAGUUCGCAUAGAAAUAAACGUCAGCUUCUAGAAGUUUCUGAAGAACACCCUGGUGUCACUACCGAUGAUGUGUCUGCUGCGACAGAGGAUGCUACAACUUACGACGAUUCCGACGGACACGAUGAACAGCUCCUGCGGUAUAACAGUGCCAAACCAGAAAGUGAAGUUACAACUGAAAUUGAACCAGCGUCCAUUGGUCCUGACAGUCAGCUGACUAUGCAACAGCGACAGUGGACGACGCCAGAGACUGUUAUUUCUCCUACGACAACUGUAAUCAACGACGACAAAGAAGUUGAGUCUUCCAAGGGGAGGCAGGUAUUAGAGGAACUAGGGGAGCUAAUUCCACUAGAUGAAGACACAGCGGAGGAGCUGCUGCAGGGUCUGUUAGUCCAGCAAGGCCAAGGGUCUGGAGCUGGUGCUGUCAUUGCUUCUUCACUAGCGAAAAUUCUCGAUGUGGAAAGCCGUACUUGAAGGCAUGUAUCUUCAUUAAAAAUAUAUCAGGCCAACACGCUUUCCUAACGCCUCUCAAUGCUGGAUACAUACGUAUCGUCUCGGGACAAUACACGCCUGGUAUCAAAAUACAUUCAUUGAGACUGUGACCUAUUUGUUUCGCUUAAAUCUUAAUGCCUACGGUGUUUUUACCAGAGAGUUAUUCCCCUUUUUAAGGCGAAACAAAUGUGAGACUGAAUUCGUCAACACUCAAGAAGUGUUUCUGAUGCAUUUUUCCUUAUUUUUUUAUACUAAAUAAUAAACUAAGCGAGAAAUACGAAACUACAUUCCCACCGCAUUUUUCUGUUACUGUAUGCAAAUCAACGAGUACACUGUCACGUCAUUGCAGCCCCAUUUCUCUGCUCCUUCAGUGCUGAAGUGCCACCUCACUCACACACACACACACACACACAUACACACACUGAGAAAAGCUACACCCGCCCCUUUACUUGUGAUGUUCGCACCUUUUAUUGGGCAAGUAGUUCGCGUAUCUGUGAUUGUGUAAGGCAAGGGAACAAAACUGAUGUUAUAAGUAAAACAGGUCAUUUAAGACCUAUGGUACAAAAUACUUACGAAGUUGGCAUUUAUUGGUUUGUUAUUUGGCUCCAAGGCAAAAACUGAAUUUUAUCAUCAGCAUCUAACUAGUUCAUAAAUGUUCACAAUAUCCCAAGCUUGCUGAGUGAAGUAUCACACAAUUUUCAAAAACAACAACGAAUACAGCAGUUACAGUUUUGUUCACUGCUUACUAGUAACCAGCACUAUUAUUGCUAGUAAACAAGAAUCAGAUUACAAAUAUGAACUACAGGAGAGAAUAUUAUGAAAUAACAUAAAUAUUGACAGUUUAGUGGCUUUUUCGAUGCUAUAUCACAAUUUUCUUCAUCUUGUUUUGUUUUUGAUAGGAAGUUUAAAAUAAUACCUUGUCAUGGAUCCCUUUGGAGCUACCUCAACUCCCAUUCACAGUUACACCAUCAAAAGACAUUAUUAGUACAUGUGGUGUCUCGUACAUGUCUUGUCUCAUCUAGUGAUCAUUCCAUAUAUCAACAAAUCACAAAGAACAUUCACUGCAUGUCACAGCACAUUAUCAUUGGAGUGUAUCUAACCAUACCUCUCCCAUUAAAAAUGUUGUUAUGCUUGUUAUGUUAAGUAUGAAUUUUAUUUAUUUAAAUUAUUUUAAACUCUUUAUAUAGUUUGUUGCAAUAUGAAUGUGAUUUUAAUAUUUAUUGAUAUAGUAAAUUUACAAGUUGUUUCAUUUUUAUUGAUUAAAGUACCUGAUACUUCAAACAAUGCCAGAUAUCUUUUGAAACAAAGUUAUCCUCUUCAGAAGAAACAAUAGACGAAUAUAUCAAUGAGUACAACACAAAAGACAGCAAUACAGGAAG